AGAGUCAGAGUUGUCAGCGCGAUCACAGCGUGGCUGACGUCUCUUAUGCCUCCCCCUCCUUUCCCUCUUGACCAUCUCGAAAGCCCGCUUCGCCGAGCUCGGUAGUCUAGAAUUCAGAGGUAAGACAGUCGCUCGCUCGCGCGCGUCCGAUCUGACGAGGUCUUAGCGCUCAAGAGGAGCACAAUGUCCGCCUCUGGGUCUCGACCCGCCGCUGUGCGGGAGGCCUCUCUGCAGACCCCAUCGACGCCAACAACACCACAACGGGCAAUGCCGCAAGGAAUACCAGCCAGUGCUAGCUGGGCACAGAAUAGGUAUGCGGAGAACAACGACGCGGAGGGAGCGUUGCUGGCUCAGUCUUUGCCCCAUGCAGCAGAGGCGACGACGAGCCAAAGGGGAUUAUGGGGAGCCGUAGGAGCUUCGAUCAGGGCUGCAUCUGCUGCGCGAUCCAGCUCCACGAGAGCUGAAAGGGAUGCGGAUCAAGCCUGGAUACACAGGGACGAAUUCAGCGGGUGGUUGAGAUCGGGAAGAGAGGGAGCGAAGGAGGAUCAUAGAUCGUCAGGAGCGAGUGCUGGGCAGUGGGAAAGUUUGGCUAGGCUGUUCGAGGAGCCGAGCAGGACACCCGGUGGUAAGAGGAGCUCUGCUAGACAUUCUACAGCUACGAGCGGAAAUGCGAGACACGGGAGAGGCACAAGCUCUAGCGCCGGGUUGAAUUUGGAACAUGCACGCAUCUCGGUCUUGUCGGACAGCACGGCCAGCUUGGGUCAUGAGCCCGGCGACUCGUCCAUCAUCUCUCUCGGCAGUCCCACCACUUCGAGGGGCCGCACCGCAACGGCUCGUCAGACGCAAAGGGCCACUUCUCCCAGCCAUACGGAUCGGAGGCAGUGGACGCGCUUUUUGAGUCCUGGAAGAGGGCCUCACUCUUCGGCUCGCGGAACAUCUGCGAGCGAUGCAGAGUCCAUCAGCGAAGAGCCAGAUUCCUUCAUCGAUGCGGAUCCGGAACAUAUUCCGCGAGGCGAAGAUCCGCUUGCGUAUAGCGAGGAUAAGAGGUUAUUGGAUGAUAGCGAUGAUGAAGGCGAGCCGAGCAGAUCGGACCAGCAGCCGUUCCAAGCUGCUGUGCCUAGGACGGAAGUUUCGCCCAGGCGCAGCUGGCGAACGCUGUGGGAAGUGAUGAACGGCUCACGUAUCCGGCCUGUUCACAAGGACAUCUUCAAGUGCGCCAUUGCCUACUUUUUGGCUUCCCUCUUUACUUAUGCGCCGCUGCUAUCUCAGCUCAUGGCGGAUAUCCUGCCAGAUAGGGACGGCGUGGCCAUACCCAUCUCCAACCUCUUUCUGGUUGCUACAGUCAGCGUCUACUUCCAUCCAGGAAGAUCGAUGGGCUCGAUGAUCGAAGCGGACAUCUUUGCUGCCCUCGCUUUCGUCUACUCCAUAGCCUUGGGUCUGGUAUCGAUGAUCACCGCUGUAGCGCUUCAUCAAGCCGGAUUCGCAGCUUUCAGCAACAUCCUGACCGUGGUGCUUUUUAUCGGGUGCGGCAUGGGACUGGUGGGCUACACGCGAGCCAAACUUGUUCGUCCGGCUUUUAGCUCAGCAGCAAGUUUGAUAGGCGUCAUUGUGUUCACGGUCAUUGCAAAAGAAGGCGGCACGCAUUUUGGCCGCUUCGAGACGGACAAGGUGUAUGAUGUCUCUUUGGUGGUCGCAGUCGGUGCACUUGUCACCAAUACCGUCUGCUUCUUGCUCUGGCCGCAGAGCGCAUGCACGAACCUAGAGUCCGACAUUCAGCGGAACUUGCAGGGGUUCGCCACCCUGCUGCGCGUCCUGACCAAGACGUUCCUUUUGGACGAUCCCGACGAGUUCCAUAUUCGAGCAGAUCGCAUCAAGAAAGCCAGCGACAAUCUGCACGCUUCAUUCACCAGCCUGAAAAAGAAUCUGGGAGAAGCAAAGUUGGAGGCUCCAUUCGAUUGGCGCAUGCGUGGUCAAAUUAGCUCAUACGUUAGCGUAGUGGAGUGCAUGAACGGUCUGGCACUUCAUCUCGGAGGUCUUCGUAGUUCAUGUGGUCUUCAGCACGACAUUAUGGCAGCGCAAAGAGUAGAGAGGCAAGCUGCCGAGCAACACGGCAUUCGAAUGCCUGAACACGAUCAGAACAUGGCUGUAGCUGGCGCUGUCAGCGGACGUCCACUAAGCGCGCUGAUUGACGACCAAGACGACUCCAACGACGAGCAAGCCGAGGCGGCGCAUUUCCAAGAACGAGCAGUCGCUUUCAAUGCCUUUCUCGAAGGAGUCGGCCCGCACAUGCGUAGUCUGGUAUUCACCUGUGCUCGAAGCUUGAACGAUCUAAGGUCAGCAUUUGGCACGCGACCUGCAGCAGCCAACUCCCCAAAUGCCUCGCCUUCCCUCCCAGAGAGCGAAGGUGGCAGCUUUCGACCGCUUGCUGAAGACGUUGCACUCGGCCUAAAGCGCUUCCAGCACGAGCAAGACAUUUCAACUAAGAGAUUGUACACUGUCUACCCUCUCGCCAAAAAAGCCAGCGACAGCGAGGAUGCCGGCAUUGGACCUAUGCUUGGUGCGAGUCCGGGCUUCCAGGCUGAUGAAGAGGUCUUUGUCAUCUUUUACUUUUUAUUCCUGCUCGAGGAAUUUGCUCGCGACCUGCAGCAUCUAAUCAGCGUCAUGGACCACAUACGGCAAGCAAGACAAGAAUCACAGAGCGCCCUGACUCCUUGGGCGUGCCUGCGUCCAUGGCGCUUCUUGACGCAACGACGACGCCAGCCAAGUCCAUUUGCUCGCCGUCGAAGGACGAGAAAUGUGUGGCAGCGCUUUGCACACCUAUUGUCGCUGGACUCGACUCGUACUUUGCCGGACUGGCCCUCGCACAAGCGGCACCAGCUGCACACCGCACAGACACCCGCUGCUCGCACGCUCAAGCAACGCGCCGCGAGAUGGGUUUGGGAGCUCGGCCAAUGGCUCCGACAGCCUGAUUCCAAAUUUGGACUCAAAGCGGGCAUUGGCUGCGCCUUGCUUGCUUCGCCUGCCUUCAUCACCGCUACGCGGCCCGUGUUCCUCGAAUUUCAAGGGCAAUGGGCCAUCGUCACGUUCAUGGUCAUUCUGCAACCAACCAUGGGACAGUCUAACAACAUGGUGGUUCAUCAGACUGUAGGGACGAUCGUGGGCGCAGGAGCCGCUUACUUUGCUCGGAUGAUCUUCAAGGACAAUUGGAUCGCCUUGGCGAUGUUUGGAUUUCUGUACAGUCUGCCGUGCUUCGACUACAUAAUCAGCAAGCCGGUGCGGGCACAAUCCGGACGCUUCUCUAUCGUCACCUACAACCUCGUCGCCCUCUACUCGUACACGCUACGCGGAGAAGGGAUGGAUGUUGAGCAGCUAGCCAUCAGACGGGCCAUUGCCGUGGUGAUUGGUGUCGUGUCUGCUACAGCUAUGAAUUCACUGGUCUGGCCCUUCGAAGCUCGACGCGAGCUGGCCUAUGGACUGUCAGAGUUGCUCUUCAACCUUUCUGCUUUGUAUCAGCGACUUGUCCUGACGUACAGCUCAAGUCCGCCUCGCGACGAAGAACCGCACUCGGAUCUGGUCGGAAUACACGACGACCUGGAAGAAGCUGCACCGCUGCUCGAGAGCGCACUGCACGGCGAUGACAUUAUGCAAGCGAUGGAGCUCCAAUUGCAAGUUCAACUGAUCAGCUUGGAAGGGUUGCUUGCUCAGACGAAGCACGAGUUCCGACUCAAAGGACCAUUCCCCGUAAGCACGUACAAAAAGUAUUUGGGCUGCUGUCAAAACAUCUUGGACAAGCUGCAUGCCAUGAGAGGCGUCACUGGGCGACGAGAUUGGCACACCCGAGUUCGGAGCGAUUUCGUGGUGCCGGUAGAUGCCACUGGUGUGCGUAGGGAAAUGGUCGGGAACGUGCUGCUCUUCUUUUACCUCCUUGGAAGUGCUUUUCACCUCAAGACGCCGAUGCCGCCUUACCUGCCACCUGCCGAAAGGUCUCGAUUGGCUUUGCUGGAGACCAUUCGAGAGUUGCCAGCCGUAAAGAGGAGGGCGGUCAGAGGUAGCAGCGCUUACCUGCUCUACUUUAGCUACGCGCUCUCUAUGAAGGACCUCAUUUGGCAGCUGGAAGAGAUUGGUAGAUUGACACAGGACGCUUUUGGUGUGCUUGGCGGAUCAGUUGAAGCUUUUGAAGCUCAAUUUCAGAGGGGCGAGCAUUCGCUCAGCGCUACGCCUAGGAUGACACCUCGAGCUUCGUAUGUACCCCACCCUUGAUAUCGGAGUGCAAUUGUAUUCUAAGGGCACGGCGAAUCGCGCUCGUCGUCAG